CCUCUCAGCCUCGCUCCUGCAAGGAUUCCCGUGCAUCCCAGACAGUGAUCUUCCUGCUGCCGACAUCCUCGCCUUCGCCCAGGGGCUGCAGAACAGAACAGCGGAGCUGAGCAGUGCCCAGCUCUCCUGCCUGGCCAGGCUGCUCGCUGCCAAGAACCUGACGGCUGAUUUUGACAGGUACCCGUCAGACCUGCUGCUCCUCUUCGACUUGUCCAAGGUGCGUGGUGGGACCUGUGAAGAGUUUUAUGCCCGGGAUUCCCAUGGGAACCUGGAGCUGCUGCCCAGGGGCUCAGCGCAGCGCACGGGGCUGCUCCGUGGGGCACUGGCCUGUCUGGGGGUGAGGAGCAGCCGCCUGCGCGCGGAGCAGCUCAGCAGCCUCGGGGCCCUGGUGUGUGACAUGGAGCCAGACACCAUCACAGCCUCCGAUCCCAGUAUCCUGGAGAACCUGAAGCUCUGCUCAGCACUGACGGGGGCCCAGCAGGAUGCUCUCAAUGCUGUGCUCCUCAGUGGGAACACAGCGUACGGGGAUCCUUCCAGCUGGGAUCUACAGACUCUGCAAAACCUGGGCCCGCUCGUGCUGGCUCUGAACCAGACCACGCUGAGCUCAGUGGCCAAGGCAGCACGGGAGGCUUUCAGCGGUAGCAUCGUGGCUGCGUACAGCAAACAGGGACGUUCCCAGCGGGAGAAGUCCCUGAAUCUCCUCAGAGCCUUCACAGCGGCAUCGGAUUCAUCACAUCCCAGGCAGAAGCGGAGCGCUGACCGCUGCCUGUCUGCACCCAUCACAGCCAGCAACAUCGAUGACCCGUUCUUAAUCAUUGACUACGACACCAGGGAACAGUUUGACCUGUGCCUCAGCAAUGAGCUUGUGAAAGAAAACCUGACUCUUCUGCUGCAGCAGCCGUUCCCCACAGACUACCUGGAGGUCGUGAGGAAGAAGCUGGAUCAGAUCUACCCAUCGGGGAUCCCGGAUGAGCAGCUGAAGCUGUUGGGACCACUGUCCCGGCGGUACUCAGCAGAGGAGAUCAGCCGGUGGAUGGUGACGUCCAGUGACACGCUCUCAAUCCUGCUCAACCCCUCGGAUGGGAUGUGGGACAUCCGCCAGAUCCGGCAGCUGCUCAACAGGUUCCUGUCUCUGGGAGGCAUCUUGACCGGCCCUUUGCUCCAGCAAAUCGGUGGACGACUCGUGUGUGAUCUGCAGGAGAAGCAGAUCCAGCAGAUACCUCCAGAAGCAAUCAGGACCUCUGGACAACUGAACAUCUCUCCCUGCUCUCAAACCAAGAAGGACCAGCUCUACAGAAAAGCCCGGGAGGCUUUUGCUGACCUGGUCAGCACCCCCAAGGCCUAUUACUGCAGGAUUCGGCCAUACCUGGGUGGAGCUCCAGCAGAGGACCUGAAACACUUGGCUGCAGCCGGCGUUGCCAUAGACAUGGACAUCAACACCUUUCUUGCCCUGAAUCCCAGUGAGCUGCAGGUAUAUCCCCCCGGAGCGCUGCUGCUCUUUUCCGUGCUGCAGAGCAGGAAAG